AUGCAUGUUUUACUCAAUGCUAAAUCUUCAAAGAUUCUUUGGAAAACUUUUAUUUGAAAACUUUUGCUUCACUUUCAGUUCACUUUUUCUUUCUAGCUGUGAGAAACGCCUCUGUCUCUCAUGUGCUUUGUGGCUGAACACAAUGUUCACCAAAUGGCUUAAAUAUAAUUUUUUACACGUUUACUUACUUGGUAAUGUUAAAAUAUAUUAACACUUAAUGCAGGUUAAUCUGUUCUUUAAAAAACUUGUAACUUGGAUAAAAGAAAUGAAGCCUAAAUAAACAUAAGAGAUGAGGAAGUAUCACCUCUCUAACAGGAAGUACAGAUGCUCUUCAACAAAAUGCUUGUACCAGACGCUUUAUUUAGUCAGAACAAGAACGACGAGGCGUCGAUGAGCAAUGGCUGAGCUAAAAUGGAUCAAAGUUCAUUUAUUUCUAAUCCUGGGGCAUCAGUUUAUUGUGUGCGCAGGUGGAUCAUCUGUUUUCAUAAGAUCUGGGGAUGAUAUGGUUUUGUCUUGCCAACAUGUGAUAAGUGGUCAGAUAAACUGUAAUGGUACCACAUGGCUCUAUAGUAACACCAGAAGGUCAGUAGAACUGGUUACACUGGGACAGGUUAAAAAUGCUCAGAGUAAAUCUAACAGACUGAGUGUUGCAGCAAACUGUUCUCUGGUAAUGAGGAACAUCACAGUGAAGGAUGCUGGUUAUUAUAAUUGCCAACAAUAUAAAUCUGAAGCUGAACCCAGUAAACACAUUCUGGUUAAUCAGUCUGGAGUUUCUCUGUCUGUUGUUCACAUGAGUGAGCAGAAGGUUACAGAUGUGGUGACAUUAACCUGCUCUGUGGAGACGCUUGAUCAGUGUGAAUACAGAGUGAAAUGGCUGACUGACUGUUCUACUGGGAAUAUCGCUUCGAUCAACUGUCCAACACAACACUCUGGCUGCUCUGCUGCAGUUUGUUUUCUGGAUCUUUCCUACACACAGAGGUGUGAGUUCCAGUGUGAAGUCACAGACGGUGAAACCAAACAGAUCUUCAACUUCAACCAUCAGUUCACAGAAGAUAAAUCAGGUAAAACUUCAUGCAACCCAACAAGAAAACCGUUUGAUACCACAACAUCAGAUCCAGCCACAAAACUUACAAACGUUCUCCUGUCAAAUGAAGCUCCAUCAGGAGCUCCUUACAUUGCUGCUGCUGUGGUCUUAGUCGCACUCUUGACAGUUGCUGGGAUUGUCAUCAGAUGGAGAACUAAACGAAACAUGAAGCAGGUGCAUGUCUAUGCUGAAGUGAAUCCAACUGUUCCAGUAUCUACCACCAACCAGGAAACCAGCAGAGACAACGUGGAGGAUGAAGAUGGUGUCUACUACUCCACCAUCAGUGAAACUCCAGUCAGGUUUAAUGUUGUUGGUGAAAGGGACGACAUGACCUACAGCACUGUGGGAGCUCCAGGCCCGCCUGCUGCAGCGUUUACUGAUCCCAACGGCCCCUACUCUCUCCUCACCGCUCCAGGAAAAUAGUGUGCACAAUAACUGGAUCGUCUGUUUUCAUAAGAUCUGGGGAUGAUACGGUUUUGUCUUGCCAACAUGUGAUAAGUGGUCAGAUAAACUGUAAUGGUACCACAUGGCUCUAUAGUACCACCAGCGGCUCAGUAGGACUGGUUACACUGGGACAGGUUAAAAAUGUUCAGAGUAAAUCUAACAGACUGAGUGUUGCAGCAAACUGUUCUCUGGUAAUGAGGAACAUCACAGUGAAGGAUGCUGGUUAUUAUAAUUGCAAACAAUAUAAAUCUGAAGCUGAACCCAGUAAACACAUUCUGGUUCAUCAGUCUGGAGUUUCUCUGUCUGUUGUUCACAUGAGUGAGCAGAAGGUUACAGAUGUGGUGACGUUAACCUGCUCUGUGGAGACGCUUGAUCAGUGUGAAUACAGCGUGAAAUGGCUGACUGACUGUUCUACUGGGAAUAUCGCUUCGAUCAACUGUCCAACACAACACUCUGGCUGCUCUGCUGCAGUUUGUUUUAUAAAGGAUUCCUACACACAGAGGUGUGAGUUCCAGUGUGAAGUCACAGACGGUGAAACCAAACAGAUCUUCAACUUCAACCAUCAGUUCACAGAAGAUAAAUCAGGUGGAACCACAUGCAUCCCAACAAGUAAAGUUGAAGAUAUCACAAAAUUAAUGACAACCACAAUACAUCCAACCAUUUCAACGUUUAAUAAAGACAAAGGAGCUCCUUACAUUGCUGUUGCUGUGGUUUUAGUCACAAUCUUGAUAGUUGCUGGGAUUGUCAUCAGGUGGAGAACUAAACAAAACCAAAGACAGGUGCACGACUGUCCUAAUCUGAAUCUAAAUUCUCCAGUGCCUCCUACCCUCUUGGAAAACAACCAUGGCAACCAGGUUGAUCCAGAAGAUAGUGUCUGCUACGCCACCAUCAGUAAAGCCCAAGUAAGGUUUAAUGUUGUUGGUGAAAGAGACAACGUGAUCUACAGCACUAUGUCGGCUGCUGGUCCGUCUGCUGCAGCACCAUCUGACCCCAACAACCUGUACGCCACCAUCACCGCCCCAGGAACAUAGUUUUAUGAUGAGACUUUAAUAAUACUUUUCUGUUAAAUUAGUAACAUGUAAGUUCCAGAUGUUGGUGGUUCUGAGUGACUCUUAUAUCUCUCUUUGUUUUAAAAUGCAUUGGAUAAUUUUGUCUGACAUUUGCUUUUAUCAGUUUCCUGUAUUUUAUCAGCUGCAUCAAUAAAAUAGUUUGUUGUCGU